AUGCUAAUUGAUGCUGAUGCUGAAAUAUUGGAUGCUGAUAGAUUUGAUAUUGAUGUUGACAAUGAUGCUGAUACUGAUGUUGAUAUUGAUGUUGACAAUGAUGACAAUGAUUUUGAUACUGAUAUUGAUGCUGAAACUGAUACUGAUGCUGGUACUAAUAAUGAUGCUGAUAUUGAUGCUGAUGCUUACACUUAUACUGACACUGAUGUUAAUAUUGAUGUCGAUACUGAUGCUGACACUGAUACUGAUAUUGAUGCUGAUACUGAUGCUAAUAUCGUGUGCGAGCGGCGUCUUAUUGAAAGCGCUUCGCAUAUUAAUAAUACAGGCGACAAUCGAAGACAUUUAGAGAAGAUAUUCCAAAAGAAAGAUAUUUUUGAGAGGACGACAAGAGAGAGGCGGGUACAGGGCCGGAGGAACGGGCAGCCGCAACCGCCCAAACCGCUGACCGUCACAGCCAUCGCCGCUUUCAUGUCCGUCGAGAUAACGAAAGCCCGGGCGCCCAUUGCGAUCUUCUACACACCUGCUUCUGCUUCUGCUGCCGCCGCCACUGCUUCUGCAAUUAACCGAGAGUUAUCAGACAGCAACAGUGAGACAAUAAUGUAA